UACUCUUCACACUCAUUAUUCUCAAUACGCCAGAGCACGUUAUACGGAGUCACGACUGUCUUUGUGAAAAUUAUGCACGUUUUCGGAGCUUGGCUUGGAAUUUGGCGUGGCUUUUCCUCCAGAAUUCCCUCAACCUUCAUCCGAUGUGGAAGCUCAAUGAGUCCACAAGGUGACCGUCCAGUUGAGAAUACCAUUCGUGGGGCCCUCGUGAGUAACCUUGAACCCGUUCAUUUGGAAAUAGUCAACGAGUCCUACAUGCACAACGUGCCCCCAUCGUCGGAGACACACUUCAAGAUCCUCAUUGUCUCCCCCAAGUUUGAGGGGCUCACCCCCAUCAAGCGUCAUCGAAUGGUGAAUGAUGUGGUCAAGGCGUCACUUAAUGGAGGCUUCGUACAUGCGCUCUCACUCGAGACGAAGACACCAAGUCAGUGGGACCCCAAAUGCAAGGUGGAGCCCAGCCCAAAGUGCCUCGGUGGAUUUGGGCGAUAAAAAUGGCAGCAAACGAAAAUGGAUGAAAAGGUGCAACUAAAAAGGUCCACUAAAUUCAUAAAUUAAACGUAUCCAGUCGCAGCUUCCCAUCGUUCUCGGUGAAGUACUGCAUGUCUGCCAUGGACUGCUCACAGAUGAGAUCCUCCACACGAUGGCACAUCUGAAACGAACAACAGGGUGAGAAAUUAAUAAUUAGGCCUUUAAAUAAAACAUUUUUUUUUUGCAUAAAUAGAAAAUAAUUAGUUUUAGUCAUAUUAAUUUAGUUACCUACUUAAAAGAAUAUAAUUUAUUUAUCAUAAUUUAUGUGUAAAGUUUUAUUUAACCAAAAAAAAUAAUAGGGGAGAAGGGGGCAAAAAAAACUUUGACUGUUUAGAAAAAAAAACUCAAAUAUCAUUUUUACUGGGAUAGAGGACAAGUUAAAAAAAUUAAUCGUAAAAUGGAAAAUUUUCUUUUUUUGUACUAAACAUUUAAGUGAUUUUUUUGCUCUGGCCUACCCUAAGUAUUUAAAACAUCAAGACAAAUAUUUCUUAAAAGCAAAAUUGAUGUUCAGAACAUUUUUAUCGAUAAACUUUAAAAAUUACGAGAAAAAGAUAGCUCAAGACGUAAUUCUUAAACUCUUAGAUUUUGUGAAGGAAAAUUAACGAAUAUUCCUUUAAAAUUUCGAUUAAUUAACAGCCUUAAAUCACAAACCUGCUAUCGACAGGAUAGUUUCAUCGGAUACAUCUGGUUUUGAAAAAUCGUAUUCCAGAAUUGAUAUUUUAACCAUACUCGUUUUUUUUGUAGUCUUUUAAGUGUACGUUUGUGCACUGAAAAGGGAUCUUUUGGUGAUAAUAUUAUUUUUCACCUCAUAAUGAUUUAGCAGUUUGACUAUCAUCUAUUUAUAAAUGACAAAAUACUUGGUUUUAGGCUCGUUCUUUCGUGUGAAAGAUUCAAAUGGAUUUAUAUUAAAUGUUCAAAAGAGAUUUCAACUAAGAUUAAACAAAAAUUUAAAUUCAAAACUUAUCAGAGCGUUUUAGAAAAUGAAACGUUUGCCCACGCUGUAUAAAGAGCUGAUGUCUUAUCGCGUUGUUUUCACGAUAACUCUACUUCUAAAAUCUUUUCAAUUUAUGAUUAUUAAUGGUCAUAAUUGAAUAGAUUAUAAGUUUUUAUAAUCUGUGAGAUAUAACUACAAUUGUAUUUAUGAGAGUUAUCAUAUUGAAUUGAGUCUGGAAGACAUUCCUUCCGUUUACUCAAUUAGGUUCGUUCUUUCGUUUGAAAGAGGAUUUAUGUUGUACAAAAGAGAAUCCAACUUAAAUCCAGUUCCAAAGUCUUAGUCAUUCUUGAAGGCAACAUUGUUAUACCCCUUUCGGCUCGCAGAUAUGAAUCUGACUGUUCUAAUGAUUUCAGGCAAGUUUUGCCUCACUUUUUGAUUGUUAUGCCACGUUUGUGGUUGAUAAUUUAAUAGAUUAUAAGUUUUUAUAAUCUGUGAAGGGUUUGCUCAAUGUUUAAUAUCAAGAGUGUUAAGGAAUUAAUUCCUUUAACAAAUACACCAAGAAAACCUUGGCCUAUGCCGGUCGAGAUUUUCUUGUGUAAGUCGGUUUUCCCUAAAGAAAGAUUGAGAGGAACCUUAUCUCUAAGGAGGACUACCCUAUCAAACACGCUAGGAUGAUUAAUCCACCGGUAUGUCAAAAAAUGACAAGGCUUAUUUUCACGUACAGUAAUUUCUUCACCAAAGAUCGAUUCCUUGUACAUUGGGUCAAGCAGACCUACAGAUUGGCAAGGCAGCUCCAUCGCUUGGAAAUGGACCAAAACCGUUUAUGAUAUAGUUGUGUACUAUAUCUGAAGGCAUUCGUCUUUAUCAUCAAUCUCACUACAGAGCUUCGGCUGAAGUCCUGUCUUUUGGAGAUUGAGCGGAAUCGCUCCGUCCCUACUCCUUCAGGCACGUUGCGGCGCAUGUUUCGCGAAUUAAUCCACGGUUGUGGAAUACUCCACGGCGCUUCUGCCUGUGUGUCACGUUCGAUGCAUGACCAUCGCUUCGAGCGGGUGGUGGCAUCAUUGCCAUCUCCCUCCUCCUUGUACAGUUGAAACCCGAAAACAUAAGAUGCUCCCAUCUGGGCCGUACUCUCGCUUGAAGCCGAAGUGGCUUGAACAGUUGUAUCUGUCCAGCGAGUUUGGAGAUCAAUUGCUUCAUUCGAAGGCUUGGUGAAGAUGACUUGAGUGUCUCCUCCUGCCAAGGUCAUGUUUCCAAACUGGACCUUUUCCAGCUUGAAUGUCUCUUGCUUUCCGAUGAUGUCGGAAAGACUCAAAGCAUAUUUGAGGUCAAACCUCGUAUGCUGAGAAAACUCCGGGAAUGAAUCUGUAGUUAUCCCGUAGCUGUUCAAUCGCUGUCUGAUUUCCAAUCGUCUUGGACCAAGUUGUCCAGCUGGAGUGCGCGAUGCAUUCUCCUGAAACAGCACAUUUUUUUGGACUGAAUUGGCAUAACUUUGUGGGUCAAUUUGGGCGGUGCCUUCGAAAUUCAUUCAUUUCCAAGCCAUGUGGAAAUGGCAUACAUCAGAUCGUAGUUGAAUCCUGUGCUGGUUGGAUUCUCUGCGAAAGGCUUGUGGCGUAAUUUCUAUGUUUAGGAAAAAGUUUUUGGCCUCACUACGACGGUUUGUCAGUGGCACAUAUCCCAGCAAGUUCUGGUUUGCUGCGAUACCUUGAGGUGCAAUGGACGAUGUAUAUGGUUCAGGAUUCGCAUCUCCAAGGGCGAUUUGUAACCCUUCCACUAGAACUCCUAGUGCCGCUAUCUCUUCGUAAAGAUUAUGGGUGUUAUCAUCCAGUGGUCCGUAGUAACCUCCUCGGCCAUUUACGACUUGUAUUGGGAGAGACGGAAAUGUUGGAACCGAAGUUUGUUUGAUUCUGAUUUUGGCUUUAGAGCCGUUUUACCGACGUAAAACUUACGUCCUGAAUCGUCCUUUAUCCAACGGUCCAUAUCAAUCUCCUCACGGGUGCGUCCGUAAUCCGAAUUUAGAAUAGUUGGCAUCCCGUUUAUCUUUCCAAUUUCCAACCAAAUGUUGGAAUCGACGAUGGAGAGGAUUUCUCCCGAACGUUAAACAUUAAUCACCCUAUCGAAUUCGAUGGAUGAAAGCUCGUCAUGUUUACGCCAUUGCGUAAAAAGUAUAUUCUCUGGAGCUGACGCUCCGCUGUCAAGCAGAUGGCCUGCAGUCCUGACGACAAGCAGUGCUUUGAAACUUUCGACACUGUAAAUAGUAACCUUUUUCCACUUGCUUUUUUGAAUUCUCUUCUUGCGAUCAUCUUUCUUUCCGAGUUCGGCCAUCAUACACAGUAAGUGAAUCACCUUGCUUGUUGGGCCCUUCUUUUUGUUUUGGAAUUUCGGAACUUCGGGUUUCGAUUUUUGCGCUUGUUCCUCUUCGACCUGAUCGGCCCAAGAUUUUGGUUUAUUGGCGCGGGGAUCGACGAAGUCCUUGUUGAAAUGUUUUCCUUUGUAGCGUGGGUUUUGCUUAUUAAUGUUUGCUGCCAUGCUUUUGUUUUGCGCUUUCAAAGCUCUCUAAAACUUUCGAGAAAAUCAAUACAAUUCGAAUGAAUUUUUUGCCUGUCAUAGCAUUGUCAGCUUGAUACUAGUCAAAGGUCUCGUUCGACAAAAGCGAAAACUGUGCGAAGUGCACGGAAUAAUUUUAUUUGGCUCAAUCUAUAUUAUAGUUACAUCGCAACCAAAUACAGUCUUAGAAAUGAUUGGGUCAUUUUUUUUUUUUUUUUCUUCUAAGUCUAUGAAUGGUAUAGAGCAAUUGAAGUGACUUAAAGUUAGAGGCCGUCGCGGCCCAUGGUGUUGGUCCCGCUAGUGGUGCGAGCGGUGGGUCUCAUAUCAAUAACUUUUUGUUGAAGUUCUUUAUAUUUGCCGAGAGGAUUGGCGGUUUCUAUGAUCUGCUCCUCCACAAGGGCUUUAAGGGCAAUCGCAUGUUGACAGGCUUCUUCCUUGUAUCUGGCUGCUUCUUUUAGGGAGGCGGCAUCCCAUAUCGGGUCCAUUCGGUCUCCAUCUACAUAAAUGGCCACACAUAUGGCAACGGGGAGUGGCAUCCUGGGGAUUGUGUAGUUUGCCCAGGCAUCAUCACGCAACAACCUGGAAAACAUCCAGGUGUCUGUUACCUUUGGAUUGAUGGCAAGCGCCUCAAAGGUAUAAAUCAUUUGGAGGAAUACCGUGUAUUUUGAGGAUGAAAAAUAGUCAAUCAGCUCACUCGGAGCCAUGUCCAACUUGCGAGAGGCCUUAAACCACCAUAGGAAGGCGGCAAGACCUGUUCCUGCAAUCGACAAUAUGCAGGCCGAUUUAAAGAUGCCCGAGAUCUCUUGCUUACUAUGUCUGAAUCCUUGGAUCAUGAGAAGCACUACAGGUUUAUAGCGAGGGUUGCCCUUCUUUAGCAGAUUCAAAAGUGACUUCAGGGCUUGAGUUGUAGGAGGUAUAACUGCUUGAAUUGGAGUUUUGAGCACAUCGCUAUCAAGUCCGACUAACUGAGUGAGACGUGAAUAGACGUUAUUUGCGAUAUACUCUGAGACUUGGGUAGGAGUUUUUAUAACGAGCCUCGUGCACACCAUGGCUAAAUAGCCAAUGUAGAAUAUUGCAUUUUUCUGGUUUGGGUUGCCUUCUGCCUCAAUCAGAGCUUUUAGGGAAUUAUACCAUCUCUCAGCGUGAGCAGCUGUGAUCACGACUUCGCGACCAUCAAUUCGAGCUGUAGCAGAGGUCGAUUCCAACUCUGUAGCUGUGGAGGAAGAGAAAAAUGACCAUGAGGCCAAAGCUGGCUCGGGAACAGCGUUGCGUGGCACGAUUUCUGCUGCCUGCUCGGAGCGAUCAAACAAUGGACUUCCGAAGAGUCGUUCCCCUUGGAAUUCAACGCCUGCCAUUAACCCAUAAUAGAGAUUGAUUAUAUCAUCCGGAGACAUAGGGGAUCCAGCGUAGAAUUUUAAGAAGUUGAGAGCAUGAUUCUUAAGAUUGGCUGGAGUAGCAGUCACAAGAGGCUUGAAAUAGGCAGCUACUUCCUCAUCAAAAAGCUCCUGUCUCCAAACUACAGCAUUGGGUGUUGAUGAAACAUGUAGCCCUCGAGUUGAAAGAUCACCCUGAAUACUCUUGAUCUUAGCAAAUGCCGCACCAUGGGGAGUUCUGAUAUAGUUCUGAUAUUCCACAGAGAGUUCGGUCAAUUGUUGAGGUUGAGCCAUGAUGAUUCGAUGGGAUUUGUUGAGAUCUUUGGUGAAAUUAUGGUGAUUAGAGUGGUGAUGGGAUUUAGUUGUGUGUCAUUGAGGGUCAUUUUGUUGUGAUGUUGAAAUUAUCGCAGAACUGAGAGCCUUUGGCUUUGGGUGUGAUUUGGUUCUUCGGGAUGGGCCUAUUGGCUUUGAGCUUUUACCUUUGAAAUUCUGCUUGAAGUUCUCAAGCUUGUCUCGAUAGCCAGGCGCAAUUUUUCGAAUAUUUAAGGGGUUGAUUUUUUGUAUCGAUUUUUUAGAGUUUAGGAAUUAGUCUUGAGUGUCGUCUUGAGUAGCAACGUGCAUACAAAUAAAUAAUAAUAUUCGAAUUGACACCGAUUUAAUGUGUAAACGUGACAAUAAAAUAAGAAAUAUUUGUCUUGAUAUUUUAAAUGAUUGUAAAAUAUGUAAAUGAAAAAAAAAAGAACUGAAAGAUGAUCAAUGAAUGCUUUAAAAAUAUUUUCAACGUCAAUAAAAUUGAUUUGAAGAGUAUAGAAUUAUAAUUUUAGUAAAACCAAAAAAAAAAUGAAAAUGAUAUUUUUGUAAAAAUUAUUUUAAAAAAAAGUGAAAUGAGAAUGGAAUUGUUAAAGUAGAUUUUUUUUUAAAUUAUAAGGAGAAUAAAAAAAAUUACAAAACUCA